AUGGAUGAAGCUGAUAAUGAUAAUCCAAUUGACAUGACACUACAAUUAGCUGUUGCUCCAGUAUUUUCUGUUAAUCAAAUAGCUUCUUUCAAAGAAAUAGAGAAAGAAUUGUCUCGUGAACGUACCAGUAAAUAUAUUGAUCCUAAAAUUGAUAUUGGUAUUUUAUAUCAGGAACUUCAUUUAAAAGAAGAAUUCAAUGAUGAGGAUCAAAAACCAUGGAAUUGGGACAAAAUUUUUGUUGAAAUUCGAAAUGCAAUAACGAAUCAGACAACUGAAUAA